AAAAGGAAAUAUUAUAUAUAAGCUUUAUGCAAAUACAUUUUGCUUAGACAAUUAAUUCGUAAAUCGCCUUUGUUAAGAAGCUAUUACUAUCAAUUAUCACGCGAUAGCCACAACUGCCAUCCCUUAUGGUGAACAAGAAAUAUGCGAAAAAUGUGGAAACAGUAAAUAAUUAAGUUCCCGGCGCGUUUCAAAUGUAACCGGUUACAAAACAAUUCCAAUUGAUCAUUUUGAGUGAAACGCAAAGCAUUACAUAUAAGAAGUUGUGGCAGUGGAAGGAAUUGUGGAAAAUGGCGCAACCGCCGCCGGAUCAGAAUUUUUAUCAUCACACGCUAUCACACGCUCAUCCGCAUCCUCAUGCACACCCGCACCCUCACCCGCACAGCCAUCAACAUCCGCAGCUUCAGUUGCCGCCACAAUUUCGAAAUCCCUUCGAUUUACUGUUUGAUGACCGCACGGGCGCCAUCAACUAUAACUAUAUACGUCCGUAUCUGCCCAAUCAGAUGCCGAAGCCAGAAGAGUUGUCGGACUCGCUGGUGAUGCGACGACCACGUCGCACCCGCACCACCUUCACCAGCUCCCAAAUCGCCGAGCUGGAACAGCACUUUCUGCAAGGACGUUAUUUAACUGCCCCACGCCUGGCCGAUCUGUCUGCCAAAUUGGCUCUGGGCACGGCACAGGUGAAGAUCUGGUUUAAGAAUCGUCGACGCCGCCACAAGAUUCAAUCGGAUCAGCACAAAGAUCAAUCCUACGACAAUAUGCCACUCUCGCCAUCGAUGCCCAGCGCUAUGAAGCCGGCGGAUGCGGACCCACCGAGUCUACAAGCGCUCAGCCUGGGCGGUGGUGGUGGUGGUGGAGCCACGCCAAAUGCAUUAACGCCUUCCCCGACGCCCUCCACGCCAACGGCUCAACACGUGGAACACUACAACGAGCCGUUCAACAACUAUUACAACUACAAUGGCCACCAUGGCGCGCACACACAAGUUAAUGGUCGCCAUGUGCCGCAUGUCCAUACGCAGUAUGCGGCAGCUGCGCCGAACUCUGCCGCUCAAUUCUUUCCUGGCAUGCAGCACACCAAUCCGCACCAGCAACCACCGCCUCAACAACAGCAGCAACAACAACAGCAACAGCAGCUCCUUCAGCAGGCGCCGCCUGCAAUGCACCAACAAGGACAUCAAUUGCAGCAUCAGCAGCACGUGCCACAUAUUCACGUGCCCCAGCCGCUUCAGAUGCAGACACAGCAGCAGCAGCAACAAGCGGCCACUCCAAUGCAGCAACAACAACAGCAGCAGCAGCAGCAACAACAACAACAGCAGCAACAACAAUAUCAUCACUUUGCAAAUCCUUGCCGUUCCUCUUUGAUCAAGGACGAGCCCGAAGCCGACUACAAUUUCAACAGCUCGUAUUACAUGCGCAUGUCCGCAGCAGCGAGCGCGACAACCCUAUCCAGCGUGCCAAUGGCCAUCGAGGCGACCUCUGCCCUCUCGCCUGGCUCCGAAGUCUACGAGCCAUUAACACCCAAAAAUGACGAAAGUCCAAGUCUGUGUGUUGGUGGUGGCGGCGCCGGUGGCAGCACUGGCAGCGGUAGCGUUGGCGGCGCAUGCUCUGCUGUUGGCGGCACCGUCGAUCCCACCGAGGACAUGGACGAUGGAUCGACAAAGAAGACGACGCUACAGAAUUUGGAGCCACUCAAGAGAGAACUGAAAAACGUUGAUACAGACAGCAACAAGGUGGCCUACGAGGGUGGCAACAGCAUCCUUGGCUUGGGUCUGCGCGCAGUUGCCGCUGUGGGUCUUAAUGGCUGCAACGGGGUCUUCAGCAAGUUUGGAAAAGUGCAGACUGCCGCGCCAAGUCAGCCGCCGCCAGCACUGCACGAAUCGAUGCACGAAAGCAAUCAAUACCAAUGUACGAUGGAUACGAUAAUGCAAGCGUAUAAUCCGCAUCGUAAUGCCACAGGCAAUACGCAGUUCGCCUAUUGCUUCAACUAGUCCUAAGCCCACGAUGGUUUACUAACACAGCUCUUUAGGUUUUAAUUUUAAUCGUUGUUUCCUGAUUGUACAAAGACUUAA